GGUCGGAUUGCUCGCAGCGGGCGAGCGGCGAACGAAGCUUGAAAGCAAAGCAAAUCCGAGUGCGAAAGAGCAGCCAAGUGGACGGACGUGUUCAGAGCAGCAGGUCCGAGCAGUAGGUUUUGCGAGUCUGCCAGCGGCCCGUGCGCGUUCGGACAUCAGCGGCCCCGUGGCCGGGCCGGAGGCGAGCGUGGCCUCCGAGGACGACGUCCGACCACCCUGACACCGGACACACUCAGGAUGCCUCUGUUCGGCGGCAAGAAAGAUGCCACCAAGAAGCGCAAGGACGCCAAGGACGCCGAGAAAGUGCCCUCGGUCGAGGACAAGUACCACCUCAAGGAGCUGCUCGGAACGGGAGCCUUUUCCGAGGUGCGUCUGGCCGAGAGCAAGGAGAGGCCUGGCAAAAUGUUUGCAGUCAAAAUCAUCGACAAAAAGGCUCUGAAGGGCAAGGAGGACUCGCUGGAGAACGAAAUCAAAGUGCUGAGGAGGUUCAGUGAAAAUCGCAGUGGGGGCGGUGCUGACAGUGAAGACGAUGGUCCACGACUGAAGCACCCGAACAUCGUCCAGCUGCUCGAGACGUUCGAGGACAAGCACAAGGUGUACCUGGUGAUGGAACUAGUUACUGGCGGCGAACUCUUCGACCGCAUCGUAGAAAAAGGCUCGUACACCGAAAAGGACGCCUCGGACCUGAUCAGACAGGUGCUGGAAGCCGUCGACUACAUGCACGAACAGGGAGUCGUCCACAGGGACCUCAAGCCGGAAAACCUGUUGUACUACAGUCCAGACGAAGACAGCAAAAUCAUGAUCAGCGACUUCGGCCUGUCCAAGAUGGAAGACUCGGGCAUCAUGGCCACGGCUUGCGGCACCCCCGGUUACGUGGCGCCGGAGGUCUUAGCACAAAAACCCUACGGAAAGGCGGUCGACGUGUGGAGUAUAGGGGUGAUUUCGUACAUUCUGCUGUGCGGCUACCCUCCGUUCUACGACGAAAACGACGCCAAUCUCUUCGCCCAGAUUUUGAAAGGUGACUUUGAAUUUGACUCGCCUUACUGGGACGAGAUCAGCGAGUCGGCCAAGGAUUUCAUCCGACAGCUCAUGUGUGUGGAUGUGGAGAAGAGGUACACCUGCAAACAAGCUCUUGCCCAUCCAUGGAUAUCGGGCAAUGCCGCUAGCAAUAAGAACAUUCACGGAACCGUGUCUGAACAGCUGAAGAAGAACUUUGCAAAAUCCAGAUGGAAGCAACUAAUGCAUGCAAUAGCGAUGGUGCACAAGAUGCAGAGACUGGCGCUGAGCAGCUCGGCCAGCAUGGAUGUGGACGAACCGCCGGCGGGGGGCCACAAGUGCACCACCAUCCAGGAAGAGGCCGAGGAGGACGAAGCAAGCGUACCACGCGACCGCGGUCAUUCGGCAGAUGCAGCGCAUGGCCCUCGGCAACAGCUCGUCCGGCCCAAACAAGAGCCCUGUGCCAGUCCGCAGUAGCCCUGCGGCGGCCAAGGCCGCUCCGGGGGCGGCCACGAACGGCGCCGCGGCCAAGAAGUGAGUCCUGCAUGUGAUGAUCAUGAGAGAAGAAAAGGCGUCGAGGAGUAAUUUUCCGGGCGUGCACUUUCGAGUGAGAAGGAAGAGCAGAGUGGAAGGCAGAUAUUUUUGUUGCGAAAAAAAUCUACACACAGAUUGGCUCUCUCUUGUUUUCGUCAUCAAUCCGUCUCCGAUUUUGCAUACAAUCCAGAGCAGUUUGAUCCUUUUUUUGACGUCGAGUUAGUAGAAAUUGAAAAAAAAGGGUUGUAGAGAAGGGAAAUAAAUAUAUUUUAUUGCUCAAUCAAACUUUACUAGUUACCGAGAGUAAUGUCAAAAAAUUUAGGAAAACUGCUGAUAUCUGUGAAAUCGGUGUAUGUUUUGAUUUUUGUGUUAUUUCUGUUUUGGAAAAGCGUGCAUAUCAGCUCUCUUUCUUCUUCGCCGCACAUAUUCUUUUGAUUCUCUGCUGCUUUGGCUGUUUUUGAGUUUUUAUAUAUGCAUCUCUUGUGUGUGUUAAAUAAUUAAACUGAAAUGCGUAGGGUGAUCAACCUUAAUAUUAUACAUUUAAACUCUAAACUUGGAAAUGGACAUUGUGAUAUUUGAUUGCUGUUGCUUGUAAAAUUUCCGGAGAAUGGAGGCAAACACACGCAUUAUCAAUUCAUGAAAAUACUGUUUGAACGAACAAAAUGAUGUUUUAGCAGAAUGACGCGCUCUAAAUGUAACCAAACAUUUUUAAACCAUGACAACCAAGAACAAAAUAACUUGAAAAAUCCUCAAAAUCUUGACACUGAGGUUGGUAUUUAUUGAAUGCUUUUAUUUGUACAUGAUUUUCCAUUAUACAUGUUUCCGAUCUGUUGUGCAUUUUUUGCUGUUUGGCUAUUUUUACUUAAAUGUUAUGUUUCCUUUUAUUUUGAUUAUAAUUAAUUUCAGGCACAAUUUCUCAAAAACAUUCUGGUCGGUGCAUUUUAUAUUUCCCCAAUUUGCAACGCUGCAUUUCCAAGCUCUCUGCUUAAAGAAGAAAACAGUAAAAAUAACCUCUCUUUCUCUUAUAAUAAUAAAAAAAAAAUUGAUAUGAUAGCUGACAAAGAGCCCCUAAAAAUUAACGAAUAACCGACAAAAAUAAUUGCAAUCCAACAACCUUACGUGUUGAUAAAAUAUUAAUGGUAUAUAAAAAUAAUGUAAAUAUUGUUACGGUCAAAUGAGUAUGUAGAUGCAGAAAAAAAAUAACUAUAUAAUAUAUCGGUGUGCCGAGCUGGCUGCACCUUUAAUGUGAUACUUUCUCUACUCCAUGUGCUGUUCUUGAGUGCUCUCUCUCUAUCUCUCGCGCUGAAUUAGUUAGUGUUCCAUUUACAAGACUUGAUGAAAAGCUGUUUUUCUUUAGGUCAUUUUCCAAAAAUUAUAUUAAAAAAAGAAAAACUAAAAUACAUUGCUCUGAAAUAGGAAAAAAACUAUAUUGUUCAGCUAGUAAGUGAGGGAGACAAAAAUCGUGUAAAUAACGAUACUUUUACAAGCCAUUCCCUUCAUCUUGUUAGCGAUUUGUUGUUGUGUAAUAUUGUUGAAAGUUUUCCGCCCGUGGAAAAUAUUUUCUUAACGUCGCUGUCUCCAAAAAAACAAUGUUUUCUCACGCAAAUUGAAUUUUUGUAAAACAUUGAAGGCUCAGGUUCUGAAAUUUUGUGUGAGUUGAUAACGCCUUUUCUUUAAUUGUUGAACAAUAUCGUUUCCAAAUAUAGAUCCACAAUCAUGUUAAAAAGCAGUGAACAAAUAUAUAACUAAAAAUUAAAAUGUUCAUUUUUUGAGCUGAAAACCGCAGCGCGUUUUUUGAAAUGUGUUUACUACUAAGUAAAUGAUAAAGUAAAAUAUCAACUGAUGAACAAAGACAGAUGAAAAAUACCCCAGCAGGUGAAGACGAGUCUAAAAAAAGGUACAUAAUAUGAUAAAAAACAAAUAAUCUAAUGAAUAUAAAUUGUGUAUAACCAACAGCCUGUAGAAAAAUCAUUAAAGAAAACUGUUGAAUUCUGAGAAUACUACUCAUCUACUAAAUAAAAAUUUUUACUUCA